AUGGCAGAGGAGGCACCUGAUAGCGAGGCUCAUGGUCGAGCUUCGUCUCCUUUAUCAUCUUUCAGAGGUCGGUUGGACAUGGACGCGUUCAAGUUCGAGACGGGAGAGUCACCACAGGAGAUCUCGACAGCAGUCCGGCGAAGCAAACGGCUCUCAUCUAGCAUCACCAUGUCCCUCACCGCAGCCACGACCUUUCCUGCAGCCCAACCUGGAGCAACAAAGAACGGGAAGAAGCGCAAAGCAGACGCCCUGGCCGACGCCACACCCCUAGGAGGCAAUACUUUCCCGACCCUGCCCGACGGCUCAACUGAGACAGCCUCCUCAACGCCUCCUGCGCCGUCAGCUACCAAAAAGAAACGCAAUCGCCCCAAAGCAGGCUACGCACCACCCUCUGUGUACGCACACCUCCCCUAUCUCCCAGACGCCCUCGCGCCCAACCUCCUCGUCCUUUUCUGCGGGCUUAACCCUGGCGUGCGGACCGCCCAGACAGGCCACGCUUACAACCACCCUUCCAAUCGCUUCUGGAAGCUCAUGUACUCGUCUGGCGUGCUGCCCGUGCCCUGCACCGCAGAGGAGGACCGUACCCUACCGGAGCGGUUCAGCUUGGGCCUCACUAACAUCGUGGCCCGGCCGAGCCGCAACGGGGCCGAGCUGAGCAAGGCUGAGAUGGACCAGGGCGUGAGCAUCCUGGAGGACAAAGUGCGGAGGUGGCGGCCCGAGGUGGUGUGUGUCGUGGGGAAGAGCAUCUGGGAAUCUGUGUGGAGAGUGCGGCACGGAGGGCGGAGCAUUAAGAAGGAUGAGUUCAGGUAUGGAUGGCAGGACGAGGGCGAGAACAUGGGCGUUGGGGACGUCACUGCAGACGAGAAGAUGGACGGUGUGGUGUAUCAAGACGACUGGAAUGGUGCGAGGGUGUUCGUGGCAACGUCCACAAGCGGACUUGCCGCCACGCUGAGGCCGGAGGAGAAAGAGAAAAUCUGGCGGGAGCUGGGCGCGUGGGUUGAACAGCGGCGGGCUGAGAGAGACGCUCCUCCUUGA